AUUUGAGGACAGCUUCUGGGAAGUCAAUUUGGAUCACCCACAAGAAACAGGGUGUUCUGUUUUCAGUUAUUCUCCAACCUGUAUCCUUCCAGGAAGGGGCUUCUUUUUGGAACCCUAACCCUCACGCGCUCCCUUUCGUGCCUCCCCUCCCUUCCUCGCUUCCUUCCUUCUCGCAGUUCUCCGACAAGAGUCCAAUCUUUCUUUUUUAUUUCUUCGUCUGAUGUCUAUGUCUUUACCUAUGAUUCCGAUCUCUGGGUCCAAUCCCCCACCUUUUGAAAAUUCUACCGCUCACUUCUGGGUCUGAUUCCAAAUCCCCAUGGAAAGGUUUCCAAAUUUCUACGUCCAUCGAAAUUUCUACGAGUUUUUCUUCCAAUUUGAUUCAAAACCCUGGUGAGAUUUCAGAGGAGAGCCCUCCAUCUCCAAUGGAAUCCCAGCCUCCACCCGGGAACAUAGUCUUCUGCUGCGUUUCCAAAGGCAACAGAAUCCUCCACAAGUUCAGCGGUGGUGACCGUGAGCUCGAGGCACUGGCCGAGCGCUGCCUGGAAAAAGCCCCAGCCCUGCAUUCCUGGUACUCCCACACUGUUGGCUCGAGGACCUUCAGCUUCCUAAUGGAUGGUAAUUUCACUUACUUUGCCAUUGCUGACCCGAGCACCAACAAUUUGGAGACCCGCCGGUUCCUCGAGCGCUUGCGAGACAGUUUCAAGGCCUCCAAGAAUGGAUUCCAGGAUGAAUUGGUCCCUGUCAUUGGCCGCUUGAUAUCUUCUUUGGAGAACAUGUCCAGGAAUCAGUCCUCCGACAGUGCAUCGACCGAUGGAUCCACCAAUUCUGCAACGAUGCUUCUUUUAGGGAAGGCGAGUGGGAAACAUGAUCGAAAGAAAUCAAAGGAGAGGGUGGUUGAGGCUGAAGAUGGCAGCGAUGAUCGUAACGAUAGGGGGAUAAAGAUUGAAUUGCCUCAUGAACCUGCAGGUGGUGUUGUUUCUCUGAGGAAGAGCUUGAGCUCGAGGAACCGAGGUCCCCAGCAUGCACGAAAAUUAUGGUGCCGCCAUGUGAAGAUAGUGCUUGCCAUUGAUGCAGUCCUCUGCUUGGUGCUGUUUGGGGUCUGGUUGGGGGUCUGUAGGGGUUUCCAGUGUCUUUAUUGAUGAUGGAUUCAGAGCUCAGCAAGGUUGUUAGCUUCGAGCAGAAUGUUAUAUGAAUAUGUAGUCCUGCAGUUUUGAGAGAUGGAGGAUAUGGAAGAUGAUUCAGUUAAACUGAGACUUGUUUAUGUUUGAUGUAUAUAUAGUUUUCAUACCUUCCUAUAUGAAAGAUAUGUUACGAGUGCUAGAUUUGCGAUAUAUAUGGCUUUUCACUGA